UUCACUGAUGGAAUCACCAAUAAGCUGAUCGGCUGCUACGUGGGUGACAUAACUGAUGAUGUGGUUCUGGUUAGGAUCUAUGGCAACAAGACUGAGCUCUUGGUGGACCGAGAUGAGGAGGUGAAGAGCUUCCGUGUGUUGCAGGCCCAUGGCUGUGCACCUCAGCUGUACUGUACCUUCAACAACGGUCUCUGCUACGAGUUCAUGCAGGGAGAAGCUCUGGAUCCAGAGCAUGUAUGCAAUCCUGAGAUCUUCAGACUCAUUGCCAGACAGCUUGCUAAAAUCCAUACUAUUCAUGCACACAAUGGAUGGAUCCCAAAAUCUAACCUGUGGUUUAAGAUGGGCAAAUACUUUUCUCUCAUACCCACAGAAUUUGCAGAUGAGGAAGUAAAUAAAAGGUUUUUAAGUGACAUUCCAAGUCCUCAAGUUCUUCAGGAAGAGAUGGCCUGGAUGAAGGAAAGACUGUCAAAUUUAGGAUCACCAGUGGUACUCUGUCACAAUGACCUAUUGUGUAAGAACAUUAUUUACAACAAGAAACGAGGUGAUGUGCAGUUCAUAGACUAUGAGUACUCCGGGUACAACUACCUGGCUUAUGACAUUGGAAAUCACUUCAAUGAAUUUGCAGGAGUAAACGAGGUAGACUACAGCCUUUAUCCUAACAGGAAAUUACAGGAACAAUGGCUGAGAUCUUACCUUGAGGCCUACAAAGAGUAUAAAGGAUUUGGCACAGAAGUCAGUGAAAAAGAAGUUGAAGUUCUAUAUGUCCAAGUCAAUCAGUUUGCACUGGCGUCCCACUUCUUUUGGGGAUUGUGGGCUCUAAUUCAAGCCAAAUAUUCCACCAUUGACUUUGAUUUUCUAGGGUAUGCAAUUGUUCGGUUUAACCAGUAUUUCAAAAUGAAGUUGGAGGUCAUGACGUUGACUCUUCCUGAGUAAUGAAGAGGAAGCAACUUACCAAGUGGACACACAACACCUGAAUCUUUUCUGACAACAGAUACUGGAAAAAAGCUAAAACAUUUGCUCAAGUUCUGUAAUGCUCACUUGGUGGUUCUUGCUUUAUAAAUAAUGCCUCUAAACAGUUCUUCAAUGUUCAUUUUAAUAUGGAGAGCAUACGUACUGCUGUUGAUAUAAAACGGAUUAGAAACUUGCUAGAUCUAUAAGAAGUUGUAGAAAUGGCAAUUUAAUCCUUCUUUGUAAUUUAACAUAUGUUGUAUGUGAAUUAUUUAUUAUAAGUUUAACAUGAUUCCAUUGCUGCUUUCAUCAGUUUUUGUAAAAGUUGGGUGCGGACAGUGAAGUUGUUCCAAAGGAUUCGUUUAACAACUUAUUUUAUUGAAGUUGUGUUAACUUAUAUUAAAGGAAACCUGGUCAGAGAAUAUUAACUUCUAGAU